GACACGUCGUCUGCACAACGCGGCGAAAACAAACAUCUAACAGUUGACUGCCGAUGUUCUUAUCUAUCUAGUCGACACCACCAGCAAGAACACAUUUUCCUACUUGCCGGUGUUUAUUUUUAUGUCAUGCAACAAUGAGCCACCAAUAAGUAGCUUUGAAGGAAAUAAAUUAUCAUGUCCUCUGGAAGUUCAGAUGGCAAUGGCUCUCUUCGGAGAUCAAAACGCAAUCAGAAGAUGGAGCCCGAAUAUGAACCAUUUGACAAUCCAGAGCUGACACUUAAGAAGGCAACACCAAAGAGAGUGACACCGAAGACGGCGACACUGAAGAAGCAUGAUCGAGGAACUGCCAGAGUGGGAAGUGACUUGAAUGGCCACACUAAAAGGAAACAAGAAUUGGAAUCGGAAAGACACAUGAGAAGGCAUAUCAGUCCCUUAAUUGGAUUUGAACAUUUAGAUAACCAAGCUAAUGGACAAACUGAUACGCCAAAAAUUAGGGAUGGUUCCAUAGAAAAUACCUAUACAUCGUCAAAGCGUCCUUUCACUGAGUCAGAGACUCUGAGGAAUAAUCGUCAAACUAGAUCUUCAAAUUCCAAACCAAACUUAAUUGCAUUCUUAACUCCAGUAUUCUUACUCUCUCUGUACGUCUUGAUUUGUAUGUUUUCAAAGGGAGAUACAAGUCAUAACUUGAAAAGUUUGUUUCCUCAGCAGUCUGAUAGGCUUUGGGGUUUUGUAUCCCAUGGCAUGGAUGACUCAAAUCCCUUUGUCUUGCUACUAGUUCACAGUGGUCAGCCUGAGUUGGCUAACUGCCUUGGAAGGCACAUUGCAAAAAAGGUUGUCUGGGGAAGGACUAAACAAUCCACAGAUCCGAUAAUUGUGGAGGGAAGAAAUGAACAUUCUAAUCUGCUACUAACUCUUAAGCCACAAAUGGAGAAACAUCAUGCUCUCGUUCUACAGAAUAUUGAAUAUUUGGAUGGAGAUGUGGCUAAUAAGCUUCACUUCAUUCUUGAUACAUAUGAGCCUUGGAUUCCAGGCGGUGUCUAUGUACUCACAUUGCAUGUACCCAAUAUUAAGGAUAAUUUGAGCGAAAGUUUCAGCACUAUUCGAACAUUCUUACAAAAGAAAUGGCGUUUAAAUGAUGAUGUCUUAGACCCUUUAAUUGCUAGAAUAUGUAAUUUCGAAUAUGUUGUCAAGAAUGACUUAAAUCCAUGCAAGUAAAACUUGUAAGUCCUGAACAUUUUAGUGCAAUGAAAUAAAUCUAAUUCCAACGUUUCGAUACGUUUUUAA